UGUGUGUGUGUGUGUGUGUGUGUGUGUGUGUGUGUGUGUGUGUGUGUGUGUGUGCGGUUACGUCACAGGGGUCCAGAUAAACCUCCCGCCGGUCUCGCGCUUCACUUUGACCGCGUCAGCGCGCACCGGUGCGUGUCUGUGUGAGUGUGUGAGAUAGACACAGUUGGGGAGGUGUAUACGUGUGUAUGCGUGUGUGUGAGUGCGUGCGUGCGCGCGAGUGUGUGUGUGUGCUUGUGUGUGUGUGUGUGUGUGUGUGUGUGUGUGUGUGUGUGUGUGUGUGUGUGUGUGUGUGUGCGCGCGCGCCGUGCGUGUGUGUGACAGCCAGAUCUCCUGCGCCGACUCCACGCUUUAAUCCAAAGUGGAAAGUCGAAAGAAACAAGAACAACAUAAUCCUCCUCAUCUUCAUCAUCAUCAUCAACAUAAAACAACAACAACAACAACAACAAACGUGCACCGAGGUUCAGAAGUGGAUUAGGAGCUCAGUGGCGAUGAAGUUGAGCAGAAAAUGAGCGGCUGCGACGCGGAGACUCGGGACGCGCGCGCGGUGUGAAACGGCAAAGGGAAGAAAAAACACAGUUUAGGCAGUGUGGUAACCCCUAAAGGAUUCCUAUGAGGUGAUUCCCACCUCAGCCACCCUCAGGUCCCCCACCUAACGUCAGCAGCACCACGACUAAGGGAUGUCACAGGCGCUUCUUCUGGGCCUGUUCAUUUUCUUCUCCUGCACCCAGGUGUCUUCUACCAUGUCCAUGAAACUUUUAAUGAAAGAGUGGAUAAAUUACCAAGAUGAGUGUCUCAAGAAUAUCAGCAGAGAAACACCAGUCACAGGUCUUGUGUGCAAUAGGACGUUUGAUAAAUACGCCUGCUGGCCGGACGGUUUGCCCAACACCACGGUGAGCGUCCCUUGCCCCAAGUACCUGCCCUGGCACACAAAAGUCCAACAUGGCCUGGUUCAUCUGGAGUGCAAUGCUGAUGGUCAGUGGGCCAAACAGAAGAAUGCGAACGAGUGUGAAAAUAACGAUCGGGCCCAGAACGACACGCAAUAUUAUUUUGCGGUCCUCAGUAAAUUCAGGAUCAUAUACACUGUUGGUUAUUCCCUCUCUCUGGGAGCGCUGGUGCUGGCACUCGGUAUCCUUGUGGCCUUCAGGAAGCUGCACUGCAUGAGGAACAACAUUCACAUGAACCUGUUUGCCUCCUUCAUCCUGCGAGCUGCCACCAUUUUCAUCAAAGACGCCUUGUUGGAGAAACCCAACAUCAACCCGAGCACCACCACGGACCUUGAGAUGGACCUGUUUGUCAGGAACGAGGUUUUACAGAUGGAUGUUGGCUGUAGGAUUGCUGUAGUGAUGAUGCAAUACAGUAUCAUAGCAAACAGCCACUGGCUGCUAGUGGAGGGAAUUUACCUGCACAACCUGCUGGCAGUCACGGUGCUGACUGAAGGGAACCACUUCAGCAUCUACCUGUGUAUCGGCUGGGGAGCACCACUGAUCUUUGUUCUACCCUGGGUCAUCGUGAAAUAUAUCUACGAGAACGAGAAUUGCUGGGAGCAGAACAUAAACAUGGGGUACUGGUGGAUUAUUCGUUCCCCCAUCCUACUGGCAGUGCUGAUCAACUUCUUCAUCUUCAUACGCAUCAUUAAGAUCCUUGUGUCCAAGCUGAGGGCUCACCAAAUGAGAUACUCUGACUACAAGUUCCGGCUCGCAAAGUCCACCCUCACCCUCAUCCCACUGCUUGGUAGUCAUCUGGUCCUGUUUUCCUUUGUCACUGAUGAGUCUACCUCAAACGGCGCCAUCACGCUGCGGCUCACCAAACUCUUCAUCGACCUUGUCUUCAACUCCUUCCAGGGGCUGCUGGUGGCCAUCCUCUACUGCUUUGUCAACAAAGAGGUUCAGUCUGAGAUUAUGAAGUUCUGGAAGCGCUGGCGGGGGAAGGACAUCGACGAAGACUACCGUCACACCUACAGCAACACGGCUCAGGUGUCCAACAACAAACACGUCCAAGCUGCUUCCACCAAGCUGAGGCUGCCGGACGUCACGCACACGGCCGUCUGCAGCUCUGAGGAGAAGCAGCUGCUGGCGCUCAGCUGCCAUAACGGCACGGACCGCCUGAACUUCAAUUCCAAGUCACUGGAAGGUACCAGCGGCGCCAACGGCACAGCAGCCGAAGAGCCGAUGGUGUGCCAUCAGGACCCGCGAGGGAGCAUCGAGAGCGGGCUCUGUGGGCUCUGAGUCCACAAUCUGAGCGAGCAGCACCGAGAUAGGUGUAACGUGUAUGUGCGUGUGUGUGUGCGUGCAUGCAUAAUGUGUGUGUCAUGUGGAUGAGUGUGUGAGCACCUCAGUGAUCACUCUACACCCAUGAGCUGUCCAUCUCAUGUGAAAAAAAUAAAUAAAUAAAUGUUUGGUUGUAACAUGUUCACACACACCACAUCAUCACACCACCGCUGCAUCUUCAGCAAAUGGACCUGGGACCUGAACGAAGACAUGCUGAAAAAAAAAAAAAGAAUACAAAAGCCUCAAUAAAGCUUACAACAUGAACCUCUGAUGGACACAGAAACCCGGACCGUACAUUAAAUUGUGAACUGAGCCUGCGGAUCAUUCCUCGAUGUACACACCAAUGUGUGAAUGGAAGAAAGGCGAAUACUCAUAUCGCAGGUUCUCUGGUGGCGUUUCGGGGUCCGUUCGGACGAUAGAUUGGUUCUGAAAGCCAAAUCACAAUUAUGAAAGAUUCUUAAGUAUUUAAAGUCUUUUAAAUAAUUGUGACUAAGGAUAUAAUAAUCAAAUGACUGUCUCUAAUUUUAUCCUCAUCGUUGUCUUGGAAAAUGAAAGACGCUCGAUGGUAUUUGUGUAACUUGUCAGGUUUAAUUACGGCUGUUGUUUUAUAUAUAUAUAUAUAUAUAUAUAUAUAUAUAUAUAUAUAUAUAUAUAUAUAUAUAUAUAUAUAUAUAUAUAAGUCUCAAACAGACAAAGCUCAGUACAAAUAACCGAGCGAUCUAAUCUUGCAGUUCUGAGGGUGUGCCUUUAUUUCACCCAUACAUGUAAAAAAAAAAAAAAAAAAAAAAGAUAAACUUGUAAAAUACGUGUUUAUUUCCUCAUUCCUCAGGUUUGGUUCAUCAGUUAAUCGACAAUUAACAUUGUUAAUAUGACUAAAGCUGGGACGAUUAUAAAUGUUUAUAAUUUAAUGAUUAACUCUUGUGAAAAGACUAAAGCUCAAAGCUAAAGUAUCUAAAAAAAUAAUUAUCCAUAACUAGCUCCGGUGUUUUUGUUCUCUUUAUCGCAAUGCGGACCCUAUCGGACCCUGAGAGAAACGAACGACGGCAUUUUCUGAGCCGGACACGUGGACCGUACAUGAGGCUGCUUUCACACUUGGUCACAGCAUCAUUUCGUCGCUGUCGGGCGGAAACCUCGUAUGUCCAAAUUUUGUCGGUUUCAUAUCUUUUCACAUAUCGAUGCUAUCGGUCAGUCCCCACGUGGGUCUGUUACUUUACACGUUAUUAACCAGUCUAAAGUCUUGAAAAUAGCUUGAGCGCAAAUCUCUUAACUCCAUUGGACACUUCAAUUGUCCACCUCUUCCUCACUCCGCGGGAGAGCUUCGCGGCAUAUCCUCGAGAUUAGGAGUCGCAAAACGAUUCGACACGUGUUCUGAGGUAAAUGUCUUCAAAACACUGGGCUCAAAGAAAAAAAAUCUUGACCCCCGCUAGUUCUGGUGUUCGUCUGAGGACAGGAAUUAAGCGCAAGACAAUUCACUGGGACGCGGACUAAACCCUGUGCAUUGCGGAUAAGAUACAGCGUUUUUUUAAUUUCCUGAAAAAGAAUGGUUUUGGAGAUAUGAGGAUUCCGCCCGACAGCGACGAUUUUUUUGUUUUGAGCUAAAAAGAAAAAAAAAAAAAGAAAGAAAGAAAGAAAAACUUUGAAAUAUGGGCAGUUCAAGUCAAUUCAAAAUAAAUCUGGUGACAAGAUCCAUGAUUUUCUUGCAUCACCCACGACUUGUAACCCGAUUAGUCGAAAGGAGCUCGAUGUCAUAUCAUAUGAACCUUUUGUACUUUUGGAAGCUGUGACCAGAGAAACAAACGUGGCAGCAGAGUUUUUUCUGCAUCCCACAGCAUUACAUGUAAAAUGUCUUCUGUCGGCGAAGGCAAACGGUGGAGUGUGAAAGCAGCCUAAAGCUUUCUGCUGUGUGUCGACUCAAUAAAAAAAAAAUGGAGCUUUCAGAUAAUGGAUCAGUCAGGACGUAUCCUUUACCGAUCGAUCUCAAGGCUGUGAGUGUUAAUUAUCGUUAAACUAUUGAUAUUUAGUCAAAGCCGUAAAGAGGUAAUCGGCAUCGAACGUGAUGCUGAUGCUUAAACGAUGUGAAUUUGCUAUAAGAUUAGAGCUGCUGUAAAACAAAGGCUAUACUGUGAUUAUCCUGUAACAUAUUUACAAAGGUACAGUCUAGAUUAACAGAAACUCCGGAAGCAUCGCCGUGUUAAUGCAUUACCACGAAUUGUUGCAACAAGCCAACUGGCACACAUGCAGUUUUCCCUCCAAGGACAUGCGCCCCCGUGGCCGUCAUGUAAAAAUAGCCUGACCUCAGUUGUACACAGAAUAAACAGAUAUAGCCUGGGCUCAAAGCCUUAAUGGGGAAUCAAGCCAAAUCAGAUCGGUCUGUGAUUUCUCCUUCGUCUCACUCGUCCGCUCGUCAGGAUGCCAUUUAAGGUGAUUAGUAUAACGACUUAAAGUCUCUCUGUAUGACGUAGGAUUUCCGUGUAUCACUGCAAAGCCAUGAAAUCUCACCAGCCAUUAAAAUUCCGAACAAACGAUUUUACCUUGAUCAAAACUUUUUUUUUUUUUCAUUUCCCUGUUUGUUAAAAAAAAAACAAAAAAAAAAAACACAGACACAUUAAUGCAGUCAUAUAAACAUAAAGUCGUUACAGAAAUUGUGUUUUAUUGUGUGUCUUAAUGGAAACUUUGACUCCAUGUCGUGUGUCAGGUCCGAGUUAAAGACCCGGGAGGAUGAUGAGGGCGAAGACGAGGAUGAUGACUCUGGGGGGCUGUUUGCACAAUGUUAAUUUAUAAUUGCUAAAAAUGUAGAUAUCUGUACAUCCUGCCUGAAAUGUAAUAUGUUUUUGUUUUUUUCUUCCUUGUGUGUAAGUCUGUGUCUGUUGUGUACACAAUGCAUGUGGGGUGUUUUGUACCUGUGUGGGCCUCCACGAGGGCAGGGUGCCAUUUUUUUUUUAGAGUCUACCUUGGUGUUAGAUGUGUUCGGAAUAGCGUCGUUCUUGUAAACAUUAAAGAAAGCUUUUUUUUUUCCCUUUG